AUUCAGCCUUAUCAUGAAUAUUCGCGUGGAAUAGUUCACCAGCGAAAUAUUUCGUUCACCCGAAAUCGUUCACCUUACCAUGAACGCAGAAAGAUUUCGGGUGAACAGCAUUUCACAUCGAAAUUUCGAAUGUGAGAUGACAGCUGUCAAAACGUCAAAUAAAAUAUUAACAAAGAAACCAAAUUGAACGCAUUUUACUUUAGUGAAAAAUUUAAAAUGAUUAAUAUAAAUUUAAGGAGACUGCUGUUAGCAGAUGAAAAUGUGCAAGAUCAAAGAGUCGCUCGUAGAAAGAUUAGGGAUGCUUCAAAUCCGCUUGAAUUGCAGGAUCAAUUGUUUCAGAAAUGUUAUAGGACCAACAAAACAGCGUUUAAAUAUCUACUAGACAUUACAACAAACAAAGCUUCAAACCCGAUGAAAUCUUUUGGAAUACCCCCAAUAGUGAAGUUGGCGGCUUCGCUGCGUUUCUUUGCAGAAGGAGGCUACCAAAAGGGUGUCGGUAGGGAAUACGAUGUGGGAUUGUCACAGUCUGCCUUUAGUGCCACACUAGAAGAGAUGCUUGACGUGUUCGAAGUGAAUUUAUGUCGUUUGUGGAUAAAAUGGAUGAGUAACGAAGAAAUGAGAAGUGCUGCUCUUAAAUUUUAUGAAAAGUAUAAAAUUCCGAGUGUUAUGGGGUGUAUUGAUGGUACCCAUAUAAAAAUUGUGGGACCAAAACACAAUAAGCACUCAUUUUAUAAUCGAAAAGGAUACUUUAGUUUAAAUGCUCUUGUUGUUUGUGACCAAAAAAUGAGGUUUCGAUUUAUUGAUGCGUCGCAUCCAGGAGCUUGUCACGACUCUUUAGUGUGGAACGUUUCGGAACUAAAGAGACAUAUUUGCAAUAAUCGCAGCAACUUUUGGAUGUUAGGCGACGCAGGAUAUCCUCUGGAAUCCUUCUUAUUAACACCUUAUAGGACACCUGAAGAGGGAAGUGUAGAAGCAAAAUUUAAUUUAGCUCAUUCUCGGUGCCGAAAUAUUAUAGAACGUGCAAUUGGGUUGCUUAAAAGCCGAUGGAGAUGUUUGCUUGGUGCUAGAGAACUUUAUUACAGCCCACAGAAAGCAGCUAAAAUAUUCAAUGUGUGCGUAAUGUUACAUAAUUUAUGCAUUCAUUUCAAAGAUCAAUUUGCUGAUAUCGUUGAGAUACCUGAUUGUGACGAAGAGGAAUCUCUAGUGACUAUGGAGGAGGACAACAUAGAUUUCGGAAUGCAAAGAAUGAGCGAAGCGCAAAGAAUUAGGAACCAAAUAGCUCACUCACUCCCUUAA